AUGAAUGGUUCUAAGUUUGAAGAUCAUGGUUUUCCUCGAAGCCCUUUAACGUGUAGUAAUAGUUCAUUUGAAAAAUCCUCAUCUGAACCUGUCAGCUCCUCUUCUUCAGAUGAUUCUUCUCCUGCCUUCACAUCAAUUAAAGGGAAGCCCCCAACUGGGAGGAAUCACCAUAAGAAGUUGGAAAGAAAGGCUAACAGUUUAGCUUACAGAAUCCGCGAACAUGUUAGAUUGGGGCCUAAAUUAUCAGAAACAGUGAAGGGGAAGCUGAGUGUUGGGGCCCAAAUUAUUAAGAAAGGAGGCAGACAAAAUAUAUUUAGGGAAAUAUUUGGUGUUAUUGAGGGAGAGCAUUUGUUGAAGGCAUCCCAGUGCUAUUUAUCAACAACAGCUGGUCCAAUUGCAGGGAUUCUUUUCAUUUCCACGGAAAAAAUUGCAUUUUGCAGUGAACGACCCAUUACCCUUCACUUGUCUUCUGGAAGCCUUUACAGGACUCCUUACAAGCUUUCUGUUCCGGUGAAAAAGAUAAAAAGAGCUAACGAAACUGCAAAUACCCAAAUUCAGAAUAAAAUGAAUGGUUCUAAGUUUGAAGAUAAUGGUUUUCCUCGAAGCCCUUUAACGUGUAGUAAUAGUUCAUUUGAAAAAUCCUCAUCUGAACCUGUCAGCUCCUCUUCUUCAGUUGAUUCUUCUCCUGCCUUCACAUCAAUUAAAGGGAAGCCCCCAACUGGGAGGAAUCACCAUAAGAAGUUGGAAAGAAAGGCUAACAGUUUAGCUUACAGAAUCCGCGAACACGUUAGAUUGGGGCCUAAAUUAUCUGAAACAGUAAAGGGGAAGCUGAGUGUUGGGGCCCAAAUUAUUAAGAAAGGAGGCAGACCGAAUAUAUUUAGGGAAAUAUUUGGUGUUAUUGAGGGAGAGAAGUUGUUGAAGGCAUCCCAGUGCUAUUUAUCAACAACAGCUGGUCCAAUUGCAGGGAUUCUUUUCAUUUCCACAGAAAAAAUUGCAUUUUGCAGUGAAAGACCCAUUACCCUUCACUUGUCUUCUGGAAGCCUUUACAGGACUCCUUACAAGCUUUCUGUUCCGGUGAAAAAGAUAAAAAGAGCUAACGAAAGUGAGAACAUCGACAAUCCUGCACAGAAGUACAUAGAAAUCGUCACGGAAGACGACUUUGAGUUUUGGUUUAUGGGAUUUGUUAGGUNNNNUUUUGGUUUAUGGGAUUUGUUAGGUAUGAAAAAGCCUUUAUGA